AUGCCCCCUAGUGCAUUUCACAGAGAAGAUUACGACACAAAUCCUAGAAGAAUUGGUCGUCUCGAUCCUAAAGAUACUUGUUUAGUCUUUCCACCUAAAGAUCAUGUAAAUGUGAUUAUGGGAUUGAAAAGGUAUUCAAAUGGUCCUUAUGGUUGCGUGUGA